AUGGAACGAACAUUCAAAGUUGACCAGCAGCUUGAUGAGUUCGACAUACCCAUCAUUGACUUCUUCGCUUCCAAGCCCAACCAUACCGCCUUUAUAGUCGGAGCAUUCAUAUUCUCCCCAGCAAGAGAACCGACGACGACAGUCACCGACAAUGAAGCCAGACGCCCGCCACGCGCCUUGCUGCUCCGGCGAGCCAUAACCGACUCCCUGGGCGGGCUGUGGGAAGGCCCCGGGGGUUCCUGCGACGACACCGACGCAACUGUGCUGGACAGCGUGGCGCGAGAAGUCUACGAGGAGACCGGGCUGCACGUCUCUCGCAUACGGGAUCUCGUUGCCGUCGACCAGUGGGACAGAGUCAAGGGCGGAGAACACACCAAGGCCAUCAAAUUCACAUUCUGGGUCGACGUCCACGAAGCCCGCGAUGCGCCGGACUGGGAGAACCAGAUAAAGCUUGCUCCGAGCGAGCAUGAGCAGUACCGAUGGGUGACGGAGGCAGACGUUGCAAGAUACCUCGCCGGCCAGGAGGAGGCCAUCAAAUUCACGUUUCCAGUCGCCGCGAAGAACUAUCUCGAGGCAUUUGCUGUCUAUAACCGUGUAAUGAGGGUGUAUUAA